AUGGUAACCACAUUACUGCCUUUGCCAGGACUGGUAACCGCCGACCCUGAUCCGCCACCUCCACUACUAACUGGCAGAACAGCCGUGGAGGAUGUGAGGAUGGUUGACGAGGAGGAGGAAGAGGAGGAGGAAGAGGAGGAGGAGGAGAGCAAGAGGAGGAGAGGAGGAGGAGGAGGAGGAGGAGGAGGAGGAGGAGGAGGAGGAGGAGGAGGAGGAGGAGGAGGAGGAGGAGGAGGAGGAGGAGGCAGGAGAAGGAGGCAGGAGGAGGAGGCAAGAGCAGGAGGCAGGAGGAGGAGCGCAGCAUGUUGGGAAACAAACGGGACAGUCAUCUGUUAA